GGAGGAGAUGUUGAAACAGGUUGAUGAAAAAACAUUGUCAUAUGUGGAAGAGAGUAAUGGGGUUGCUCUAGUCGAGACCGAUCUGGUGUCCAAGGAGGAUGAGAAGGAAGCGGUUCCUGCUGCUGUUGCAGAUAUUGUGUCGAAGGGGAUCGAGGAAACAAGGUUACCGGUUUCCAAAGAGCAAACUGGGGAGUCAUCGGGUACUGCUUACAAGGAAGAGGUUCCUGCAGUCGAAUCAGCUGAUGCCGGACAAGAUCAUGGCAAGGCUGAGAUCCCCGAAAGCACAGGAAAUCCGUCGAUUGUAUCUGUCGCCGGACCCCCCCUGCAGCCGACUUCAUGGAGGAGUUGCUGUGGACUCUUCGAAAUUCUGCACCGAAGAUCCGAUAGAUAAUUCAAGAAACGAAGCAUUAUCGCUGGUGUAACUGAGCCAUGAAGGUUGCACAGCUAACCCUAAAUCUAAAUAGUGUUUGAGACUUAGAGCUUGAUUUUGUGUUAGCUGCUGAGGAUAUGAGAUUGGUUUUCGUGAUUUCGUGUGGAGUGAAUUCCGUUAUUUCGCGUGGAGUGAAUUCCGUUAUCUGGUAUAUUUUUCGUAUUUACUAAAGAAGCGUUCUUUUAUAUUCCUUUCAAUGAUUUGUAUGUACUGAAGAUUUCACUUUUAUUUUUAUUUGGUCAAGGAUUUGUUACCAAAUGUACAUCAUAUACACAUUGAUGGUUAAUGCUAAAGACAGUUCAGGCUUGA